AUGUCGAAACGAACAGUCUUCACCUCCAUCACUCCCCUCCCCCCCGGCAUCUCCCGCCAAACCGCCAUCGACUUCCUCCACAACCACCGUGACAUGAUCGACUUGAAUCCCUUGGUCACCGACCGCCACGUCAUCCCGCCUCCUCCCCACGCCCUGCCGGAAGAGCACGUCUGCACCUGGUACUCCAUCACCGACAAGAUCUCGUACCUCCCCGGCCAGCUCGUCACCGGCGCCAUCUCAUAUACUGCCGCCUUCCACGACCUGCCCCUGGGCCUGCAGACGCACUGCCACGCCCCCAUGGGCGUCGACCUGCGCGAGAAGUGGACGGUGGGGGGCUCCGAGCCGGGGGAAGACCCGGAACCCAUGGAGCUGGGCCUGGGAGCGCCGCGGUCCGGCCUGUAUAUCCGGGAGGAUGUCGUCAUCACCUGCAACGUCAUGAUGGCGAGCUUCAUCAAGAAGACGAUCAAAAAGGCCCACGGAACCCUGAUUGAGGCUCUGUCUGUGAAGGCUGCCUCGUCAGGUGCUCCGCUGAUAGAAUCGCAGGCGCAGAUGCGGUAUCGAAAGCAGACGCCAUAUCCUCAAAGCGCACAAACUGCCGAGGGGCAGCAGCUGAGGUCGCUGAGACUCGAAAACUUGAGAAAGCCACUGCCUGCGCGGCCAACCUCAUGGCAAACGCCACCAACACCGCCCAUGGCAUCGCUGUCGACAGAGGCGUUUCAGUAUCGCGACCAGGAACUGGAUACUUCGGGCGUCGACUAUGGAUACCCGCCAGAGCCCAUGGCUCCCCGUUCAAUGAGAACACCCCCGCAUGCCUAUGUCCCAGAGCUGCUGUAA